GACUUUCGCUGCUACUUCUUCUUCUUCUUCUGCGAGCGGCUGUUGUUCUUCGGUUCUCCUGUUGAUCCUACGCUUUUGCUCCGGAGAUUGAGCGGCUUGUAAAUGGGGGACAAGAAGAAGAAGGCUGCAUCAGUGUUUGUCAGGCUUGUUUCCGCUGCUGGGACUGGCUUCUUCUAUGUGAAGAAGAAGAAUCCGCGUAAGAUGGUAGAGAAACUGGAGUUCCGAAAGUAUGACCCUCGGGUUAAUCGGCAUGUUCUGUUUACUGAGGCAAAGAUGAAGUGAGCGGUUGCCAAUAUUUUGACCUUCAGAUGGCAGAAAUAGCUAUAGGGGAAGAGAUACAAAAUGAACUGCACUUCUUGUAUGCCGGUCCAUUAUGAUUUUUCUUAAAUUGUUGAAUUAUAACUUGUUUUCUCAUCUCGCUGGAAUUUUUACUUUGUUGAAUACCAAUUGGGAUUUGAAUAGGUUAGCAUUUGUGUUAUCUAUUGUUUGAGACAUUUAUAUCAUGUCUGCUUUUGACAUUGCUCACAACCUAGCAUAGUCCGUGGGCAUGCUCUCUAUUCAUUUACACAGUGUUUUUUAGCAAGAGCGAUUUCUGGUGAAUUCUUUUCUUUUUCUGGUCGAUAAGGGCCAUUGAGAUGGGCUAAGGCUACUAUGAUUGAAA